AUGGCCCUCAGGCAGGCCUACCACCCCCUCUCCUGCUCCCCACCCCGUUCGCCAGCACUGCUGGCCGACCCCGCCGACGAAGCGGUCGUGAUGGUGGUGCUGGAUCGCCCGCGGGGCGUGUACACGGGUCAGCACCGUGGGCGGCGCAUCGGUGACAUGGCCCGUGACUCGCGCCGGCUGCGGCUGCGGCUGCGGCUGCUGGAAAGCAACAGGCGGGAGGGGCCUGCUGGUUGUGGUGAUGGCGGUGCUGCUCUGCGGAAAGACUGA